AUGCAUCCAAAGCUAUUCCACAGCCUAAUUUUCCUCGAACCGAUGAUGCAAGUCGAGCGGCCAAGUAAAGCAGGUCGCCCGAAUCCUGCACUGUGGUCCAGCACACGCGAAGAUACCUGGGCUUCUCGAGAACAGGCAGAGAACGACCUUCGAGAAAACCCCUUCUGGCGCCGUUGGGACUCUCGUGCCUAUAAUCAGUACGUGAAAUACGGGCUCCGAUCGUGUCCAACUGCGUUAUAUCCGGACGCCAGUACCACUGCUGUAACGCUCGCAACAACAAAGGCCCAAGAAGCUUGGUCGUAUCUGAGGUUCAAUUCAGCCCCGACAAGUGACAGGAAUUCUGUCGAUAUUGACCGGUUCGUCAAUGCAGAUCUAGCUAGGGUGCCCAAAGAUGGUGACUUGAAUAGCCCGGAAAACAUGUUCGUCGCACCUUGGCCAUGUAUCGCUUUUGUGUAUCUUCCCUACGUGCGCCCGUCGGUGCUGUAUGUGUUCGGAGAGAAGAGUCAUAUCAACGUCCCUGACCGGAGAAAGGAUAAGCUGCAGCGUACUGGUGAAGCCCUUGGAGGGAGUGGAGGGUUGGACAAGGGACGCGUAAGGCAGGAAAUUAUCCGAAAGGGUUCGCACAUGGUGCCGCUUGAGAAGGUGCACGAUACAGCACGUAUACUAGCGAGUUGGCUGGAGUCUCAAAUGGAGCUCUACAAAGCGGAGGUAGAAUUUUGGACGCGACAGUAUGAUAGCCAGAAGUCGGAGCGCGAUGGGCUGGCCUUGUCUUCUAUGUGGAUGGACUUUGUGAAUGGGCCUGCGGAUAUAAAGCGGCCAAGAAGGUCGAAAAUGUAA